AUGAUGAACUUUACCUUGAUAACAGCUUUCAUUCUCUGCAGCCUCAGCUGGAUCUCUGUCUCAGUUUCUGAGUCUCAGACUGUGGAAGUCCAGUCUGGUGAAGACGUCACACUGCUGUGCUCCAACAUUUCCUUAUAUGACGCUCCAACAUUCUGGUUCAGACUUGUCCAGAGAACCAACAUCAGCUGUGUCUCUGUUAUGAUCUCAUCUAAUAGCCAAGUUUCAUUCUGUGAUGGAUAUAAAAAUGGAAGAUUUGAAAUGAGCUCCAACAUCUCUGCUGUCUUUCUCAAAAUCAAAAAAGUGGGUCUAUCUGACUCUGGAUUGUAUUUCUGUGGAUUUUACGUAAAGGCACAUCCAAGUUUCAGUGUCAUAUAUUUAGACAUUAAAGAAGAGUCUGAUGGAAUAGCAAAGCUGAUGAGCGUGAUCCUGGGCGGCCUGACUGUUUUCCUUGUAAUAGUCAUCAUCGGUCUGCUUGUUAAAAACAGGAAACUUCAGACAGCUCAUAAAGAAGAACAGAAUCCAGAGCAAACAGAGAAUGUGGCCUCUGAUGAGCUGAACUACGCAGCAGUGACUUUUCAACCAAAAGAAAAAAGAAGUGAGCGAGAGCCGAAUGUUAUUUAUGCUGCCACCAGAUAG